CCUCGGCUGGUGUUCACCCAAGGACCACGAGUCAUGAGAUAUGCUGCAUGCGGGGAAUUCCCUGUUCUCCAUUCAGCUGUUGAAUCUGCACUGAACAAACCUCUCUUGCUAACAUGCCGUUAUGCGAGUUGGGUUCGCAUUUCUCUCCCGAAAUCCGAGCUCCCCAGACCCCAAUCUCCCCGGAUCAACCCCAGAUGCAGCUAAUGAACUCCGUCAGUCCCCUUCAUCCGCUGUGUCGGGUUUCUACGUAAAGAGGACAAGGUCCAUUUCAUCUCUUCUUGCUUGUUGUUCUGAUCGUAUCCUCUACUAUCCUCUACUCUGCUCUUUCCAAAGCAGCUAUCUGUUGUAGUUCUUCAUCCUGGCUUUGUAGCCUCUUCUUGGUCACGAAACCAUCUUCUAUCGACUACGGAAGCCCCUCGGAUCUCAAAAUGGAUCCUUCCUCUUCCGAUCAAAAGAACAAUGUCGAAACCGUCGAGGAUACUCCCAAGUAUCAGGCCUUUGAGACUGAGAAUCUUGCCAAUAAGGAUCGAGCUGCUGAACUCCUCCAGAAUAGCCAUGAGCGAAUCUUCGUUUCCGAGGCGGACAACAAGCGAAUCCUUCGAAAGAUCGAUUUAAUGGUCCUCCCUAUUAUGCUUGGCGUUUAUUUCCUACAACAACUCGACAAAUCAACCCUCUCUUAUGCAAGUGUGUUUGGUCUAGUCGCCGAUGCCCAAUUAAAAGGCCAAGACUACUCAUGGCUUGGAUCUAUCGUCUACGUUGCUCAGUUAGUGAUGCAACCUAUCAUUGCAUACUUCUUGGUCAAACUUCCCACUGGCAAGUUUGCCGGUGUCAUGGUCUUCUGCUGGGGUGUUGUCUUAAGCUGCAUGUGUAUUGCAAAAGACUUCAAAGGCCUUCUUGCUGCUCGGUUCUUCUUGGGCUGCUUCGAAGCUUCUGUUGCCCCAACAUUUGUUGCCAUCACUCAGAUGUGGUGGCGUCGAGGAGAGCAAACAAACAGAAACGCUUCUUGGUAUGCUAUGAACGGCGUUACGAACAUGGUCGGUAGUCUACUAGCAUGGGCUUUGGGUCACAUUCACUCUUCGGCUCUCCACUCUUAUCAGAUUAUCUUCCUAGCUUGUGGCCUUCUUACUGUGCUCUUCUCAGUCAUCGUCUUUUUUUUCCUUCCCGAUUCUCCAGUCGAUGCCAAGUUUCUCAAUGAUCACGAUAAAUUCCUUGCUGUCGAGCGUCUGCGAGCGAAUCAGAUGGGUGUCGUCUCAACUGUCUGGAAGUGGGAACACGUAACAGAAAGCUUGUUGGACGUGAAGACUUGGUGUUGGUUCGCUUUGAUCUUCUCCAUCUCUAUUCCAAGUGGUGGUGUCACUACGUUUGGACCUCUCAUUGUCAACUCCUUCGGAUUUGACAGCUUCCAUACUAUCCUCCUCAACAUCCCCUUCGGUGCCGUCCAGAUCAUCGCGACGAUGGGUGGAGCUGCAUUUGCAACGUGGACGAAGAAGAAAGGUCCUGCUUUGCUCCUUCUUUGCAUUCCUCCGAUUGUGGGAAUUGUGAUGCUCUUGUGCCUCCCUCAUGACAAGGCAAACCGAGGACCGCUGCUUGUUGGUUACUACCUGAUUUCAUUCUACCCUGGAAUCUCACCACUCAUCUACUCCUGGUCAUCUCAAAACACCGCUGGAGAGACGAAGAAGAAGACAACAACUGCCAUGCUCUUCAUUGGUCAGAGUGCUGGAAAUAUUAUCGGUCCACAUCUCUACACCACAGCCGAAGCUCCAUUGUACAGACGAGGCUUGAUUUCUAACUUGUGCCUGUUCAUCAUCUUGAUCAUCCUCAUCAUUUUCACCACACUCUGGCUAAUGUUUCUCAACAAGAAGCAUGCCAACAAGCGACAACAACUCGGAAAAUCGGCAGUAGUGGUCGAUCGCUCUAUGAUGAACGCUCAAGAACGCGCCGUCAGCGAUGAAGUCGAUGAAGGGACAGGUAGGGAAGGAGGAGAGAAAGCAUUCGACGACGAGACGGAUUUAAAGAACGAGGAUUUCAUAUUCGUCUACUAGGUGGCCCUGGUCCAAAUUCCAUAC